UCGUGAUCUGCCUCCAUAGAAACCUCAAUGCUUUCUUCUGCCUUGCUUCGAGUCACGCCAGGUGCAGCUUCAACGACCUCGCGUCGCUUCCUGUCCAACGCCGUCUUCAGCCUGCCGCCGAUCGCCAACGAGCCCAACUAUGGCUUCAUGCCCGGCAGUGCGGAGCGCGAGGCAGUCGUCGCGGCGUGUCGCAGGGUCCGCAGCGAGGUCGUCGAGAUUCCCUGCGUCGUUGGCGGCGAGCGCAUCACCACGUCCACGACGGUGAAGCAAGUCAUCCCUUCCCAGCACAAGCAAGCCAUCGCAACCAUUCACCACGCUGACAAGUCUGUGCUCGAGAAGGCCGCCCAGAACGCACUCAUCACCCGCGAGUCGUGGUCCAAGGUGCCGUUCGAGCACCGUGCGGCCGUGUUCCUCCGUGCCGCCGAUCUUCUCAGCACCACCUACCGUGCACGAGCCUUGGCAACCACCAUGAUUGGACAGAGCAAGACAGUCCAGCAAGCAGAAAUCGACGCCGCGGCAGAACUGGCCGACUUUUGGCGCUUUAACGUCAAGUACAUGCGCGAAAUGUACGCCCAGCAACCCGAGCAUCACUCUUCGCGCGUGUGGAACCGCGUUGACUAUCGUCCCCUUGAAGGCUUUGUUGCUGGCAUUUCGCCGUUCAACUUUACUGCGAUUGGUGGCAACCUUGGCAGCUCGGCGGCCAUCGCUGGCAAUGUCGUGCUGUGGAAGCCGUCCGACACCUCCAUGCUUUCCAACUGGGUUGUCUACGAGAUUUUGCGCGAGGCUGGUCUGCCUGAUGGCGUUGUCAACUUUGUGCCCGCCGACGGUCCGACCUUUGGCAAGUUUGUGACAAAGCACCCGGACCUCGCCGCCAUUGCCUUCACUGGCAGCACCCCCACCUUCCAAUGGAUCUGGAAGGAGGUCGGCAACCACCUCGCCCACUACAAGUCCUACCCCCGUCUCAUCGGCGAGACUGGAGGCAAAAACUUCCACCUGGUUCACCCCACCGCGGACGUCGAGACGGUCGUCAACGGCACCAUCCGCUCGGCGUUCGAGUACCAAGGCCAAAAGUGCUCGGCGUGCUCGCGCAUCUACCUUCCCCGCAGCCUCGCACCGACCAUUCUCGCCCGGCUCGUCGAAGAGACUGGCAAGAUCACCAUGGGCCAGCCAGACGACUUCAAGUCGUUCAUGUCUGCCGUCAUUGACGACAAGUCGGCCGGCCGCAUUUCUGGCUACAUUGACCGCGCCAAGACCGCGUCUGCUGUUCAGGUUCUUGCUGGUGGCAAGUACGAUUUUUCGGAGGGCUACUUUGUUCAGCCGACAAUCUUGCUGACGACCGAUCCGAAGUACGAGACGAUGCGACAGGAAAUCUUCGGCCCUGUCCUGACAGCCUACAUUUACGAAGACAACCAGUUCGAGCAUGUUCUCAAGCUUGUGAAUGAGUCAACCGCCUUCUCUCUCACUGGUUCCAUUUUUGCUCGCGAUCGCAAUGCCAUUGUCCUCGCUGAUUCCGAGCUGGCCAACGCAGCAGGCAACUUUUACAUCAACGACCGCUGCACAGGCUCGGUCGUGGGUCAGCAGCCGUUCGGCGGCUCGCGCAUGUCGGGCACGAACGACAAGGCCGGAUUUGGCCAGUUCAUGCAACGACUCGUGUCCACGCGUGCAGUCAAGGAGCAACUCGUUCCCCUGACCGAGUGGAAGUACAACCACAUGGUUUGAAGAGCCCCGUCUCCGUCUGUUUGCUGGUGGCUUGUUUGAAACGAAGUUUGAGUUUAUGGUGUGGUUCUUGUUGUCGAACGUCAAAACAAACGCCAGCCAUGCUCAAUUCCCGCAUCC